GCCGGUCGUGUCGUUCCACUGCCUCUUUCUUUCACGCGGCCCUUAGACGCGGUACUACCUUGUCUUUAAAACAGCUCUUUAGCGAAUCCUUGGAAGCACUGCAAAGAUGCCCAGGGAAGACAGGGCCACGUGGAAGUCCAACUAUUUUCUGAAAAUCAUCCAACUCUUGGAUGACUAUCCAAAAUGCUUCGUUGUUGGAGCUGACAACGUGGGUUCCAAGCAGAUGCAGACCAUCCGCUGUUCUCUGCGUGGCAAAGCUGUGGUGCUGAUGGGUAAAAACACCAUGAUGCGCAAGGCUAUUCGUGGCCACUUGGAGAACAACCCUGCUUUGGAGAAGCUUCUGCCCCACAUUAAAGGAAAUGUGGGUUUUGUCUUCACCAAGGAAGAUCUGGCAGAGGUCAGGGACUUGCUGGUGGCCAACAAGGUGCCAGCUGCUGCCCGUGCUGGAGCCAUUGCCCCCUGUGAUGUGACAGUGCCUGCCCAGAAUACUGGUCUGGGUCCUGAGAAGACCUCGUUCUUUCAGGCUCUGGGUAUUACCACGAAGAUUUCCAGGGGGACCAUUGAAAUUUUGAGUGAUGUCAGUCUGAUCAAGACUGGCGACAAGGUGGGUGCCAGCGAGGCCACGCUGCUCAACAUGCUGAACAUCUCCCCAUUUUCCUUUGGACUCGUCAUCCAACAAGUUUAUGACAAUGGCAGCGUCUACAAUCCUGACGUGCUUGACAUCACUGAGGCAUCGCUGCAUGCCAGGUUCCUGGAGGGUGUGAGGAACAUCGCCUGUGUGUCUCUUGAAAUUGGCUAUCCCACAGUUGCCUCUGUGCCCCACACUGUCAUCAAUGGCUACAAGAGAGUCCUUGCCAUUGCUGUGGAGACAGACUACUCCUUCCCCCUGGCAGACAAGGUCAAAGCCUUCCUUGCUGACCCAUCUGCCUUCGCUGCAGUGGCAGCACCAGUUGCAACGGAGACUGCAAAAGCAGCUCCAGCUGCCGCUAAGGAAGAAGUCAAGGAGGAGUCUGAGGAAUCAGACGACGACAUGGGCUUCGGGCUGUUUGACUAAGACCACAACUACAAUGAAUCGACAUGAUUUCAAUAAAAUGUCAAACAUUU